AUUCCUUUUCCGGGGUUUUCCUCCCCUCGCCGCCGGUGAGCAUAGUUUCCAGACGGCGCAGGCAGGACCUCCGACGCAAAGUUCGUGGUGUCGUCUUGUUCGGCCGCUGCGAUGCUCAAGUUCAUUCCGAUCUGUGUCUGUGUCCUACAUUUAUUUAAUGGCGUUUCAAGUCGAACGACUCCUUACACAAAAAACGCCAUUCAGAGUCGUGAUGGAAAUCUUGCUCCGGGGCAGUUAACCUUGAACGACAUGUUCAGAGAGGUGGAAAAAUUGAUGGAGGACACGCAGCACAAACUGGAGGAAGCGGUACACCAGAUGAAUAAUGAGAGUGUGAAGUCGCAAGCUUUCGCACAGGAUUUGAUUCCAAAUUACAAUUUGACCAUAUCGGAGGGGAAUGUGUUUGGAGAUCCAGCGGUUCGCGUGGUUGAGCAGAUAACCAAGGACAUCAACAACGGGACAGGGGACAUCAAUGUGGUCAGGACAGUCAUCCAAACGAGUGGCAGAUGGAAUGAAGUUGAUCAUGAGUGCCUGGUAGAUGAGGACUGUGGAGAGAGCAGCUACUGCCUGUACCAGAUACUGACCUCCAGAUGCAUCCCCUGCAAGGCCUCCCAUGCCGCUUGUGGGAAGGACGAGGAGUGCUGCGGAGGCCAGCUGUGUGUGUGGGGAAAGUGCUCCCCGGACGGCGUUAGAGGACAGUCAGGGAGCAUCUGCCAAUACCAGAACGACUGCAGCCCCCAGCACUGCUGUGCGUUUCACAAAGAGCUGCUGUACCCAGUGUGCACCCCUCGGCUCCAGGAGGGGGAGAGAUGCCACAGCCACCCCAACCACCUGAUGGACCUCCUGCAAUGGGACGUGGAGGGCCCCAGGGAACACUGCCCCUGCUCUGAGGGACUCGAGUGCCAGCCCCUCAGAAGGGGGUCAAUCUGUCUGGAUUCCAGAGAGUCCUCUGGAGGGCAGGAAGUUUCACAACCGGACUUCCUCUGAAGGCCCAGAAGGAUCCUCAGCCUCAUGUCUCGCGUGAAUUGUCUGGCUGCCUCUCAAUUCGCUCCUACGGCCGGACUGUAUACUCUAAUGACCUCUGGCCUCAUAACGCCAGUCUUGACGUCACCCAUGGCAUCUCAGUAUGAUACUAUGUGUUUUCAUUCAAUAUCUUUUUUACUCAAUAUCUUGAAUAAAAAUAGUUGAAUAAAAAACAAUUUAGAAGUUACUCUGUAUUCAAAAUCAGGAUGAGGACAUUAGAUUGGGGUAAAAGCACACACACACACACACACACACACACACA